AUGACCAGGCUCGUCUCGCUCGUACAGGUGGCAGGAUUCCGCACAUUGACGGCCGCGAAGAGUACAGGCUAUCAACCCUCCCGGCUCACACCAGCUGCUCAGAGUCUUUUCGACUACUCCAUGCAAGUUCAAGACUCAAGAUACGACUCCUAUUAUAAAUAUAUAUGGUAUCAGGACAAUGGGCCAUGGUCGACUCGGUUUACAGCCUGGUAUAUCCCAGGAUUGUUCGCCAGGGCCUGUGGCGACGACGUGAAGAACGGUAUUGCUAGCAUCGAGGCAGUGCUGGCUACCCAGAUGACCGAAGACUACGACUCUGCCUGGUACGGAACAUAUCGGCUCUCACCAGACGCGCCAUAUCCAAGCCCCGACAGUGACUACUACGCGCCGGAGAUCUAUGAUACAUAUGAUCCAAACUGGAGAGAGUUCAUUGGAACAACACUAAUCCAAGUUGUUGAAGAGUUCUCACAUCUUCUCGACCACGAUCUGAUAACACGCAUAGAGGACUCCCUGGAAGCUGCUGCGGUCGGUGGCAUGCGCCGGAACGGAUCCUACCCGGAGGGGGACAACCUCAUCCUCGGCUAUUCUAACCCAGCGCUCAUGCGCGCGCUGACAGUCGGUUGGAUCGGAGAGCGUCGGGGUAACCAGACGCUCAUCGACUUUGCGUGGAAGCAAGGCGAGGACCUCCUGGCGCUGUUCGAGAGAGACGGGCAGGAUGUCCUUUCGGAGUACAACGCCCCGACCUACUACGGUAUGGACAUGUGGGCGUUGGCGGCGAACAGGGCCUAUGGUCCGAAGGAUGCGCCCAUGACGAAGAACGCAGCCGUGAUCAUCUCGGAGCUUUGGAAGGACAUCGCAGCCCACUACAACCCGUUCCUUGGAAACAUGGUUGGCCCCUACGACCGAGCUUACACCCGCGAUGCCACCACCCACUCGGCCAUCAUCUCUCUGUUCUGGUGGGGUAUUUUCGGGCGUGAGUAUGGUCCGCAGCCACCGUUGGGGGAGGCCGAUUUGCUGUAUGACAUUGCCCAAGGAGCGUCUUUGGCGCUGGUCAUGGAUACGGUCUCAGACCUCAUCGACAAUACAUCGGUGGCUACACUGAAGGCGAAAGGCUGGUGGGAGGGCAGCCGACAGAUCAACAAGACCAUCUACGAGGACCUGGAGACCCAGAAGUUCCGCGUUGCAUCUUCGUGGCUCAGCGCAGGGCUCAUGAUCGGAGCGCAGACAGUGGCCGAGACGGCCAACCGGGGAAACCAGUUUGUGCCGGCCAUCGUGCACUGGGCAUCGGACCCCAAUCAUACGCCAUACCCGUACAACGGCUUCUUCUCGCUCUACCCCAGCGCCUCAACCAUCACCUCCGAAGUUGGCGAGAGGACGCUCAAAGUCUCGUAUCCGAACACCACCCAGGAAGGGACGGAUAUCUUCACGUUUGCGCUCUCCGGCAUCCCACCGCAGUUCCUCGGAAGUCCUGACCAAGUAAUCACCGGCUUUGACAACCUGCCCUGCCUGUCGGUCAACGUCUCGGCGCCAGGCUUAGAGGCACUGAAUGUUACGUACGGAACGCAGCUACGCGAUCACUGGAUCUACAAUAUCUCGUAUGCCGUACCAGAAGCCUUUGAGGGCACACCGUCGGUGUCGUUUGAGUUGGAGUACACAUGUUAG